CAAAGUCUAAUGUCAUUUAAACGCAUCCUUCUUUGCUUUCACUUUCACUUUUACUGGAGGGUCAUAAAAGAAAAGAUACCCCAAAAUCCUCGGGAUAUUACCACUUGUCUUUUAGUGACGAGUUCUUUUACGUUUUAGUUUCGGUACCAGUUAACCUGGUCUGGUUUUUUGUUUGGUAUUUUGUUUGGUUUUUGGUCUACGCGAAAGGUACUUCCCCAGAGGAAGGACAUUUUUCUACUUGCGUCACCAGCCUCAGCCUUGGCACUCUUUACACUCUUUACACUCACGCCUGUCAGUAUAAGCCCUGGCCAUUUUCACUGUUACCCGCCCUCCACCAAAGUCCGGCAUGGCAGAGCCAGAACUAAGCGUACUUCAGGCGAUUAACCAGAUAGCAGAGGCUCUGAGCAGCAGUGAACGCAGGAGUCUCUUCUACCUGUGUGAAAGCCCAGACACGGAUAUCAGCAUGGCUUGUGCGAAGGAAAUGCUGAAAUCCAAAGUGAUGUGCCAUGAGAGCGGGUCCAUGUUUCUGGCAGAGCUCUUGCUACAACUGAGGCGUUUAGACAUCCUGAGGAAGGUGUGUAGAACCAGCAGAGCGGAGGUGGAGAGGAGUCUUCAGUACAGACAGGUCCUGCCAAGAUUCAGAGUACUGAUGGCUCAUAUAAGUGAGGAAAUGGCCAGUGACGAUCUGAGCAGUAUGACAUUUCUGAUCAGUAACAUGAUACCUCGUGAGAAGAUGGAAAAUGCAAAGAAUUUCCUCGACUUGGUCAUUGAACUUGAGAAGCUGGAUUUAGUUUCACCCGAAAGAGUUGACUUUGUGGAGGAAUGUUUAUCAAACAUUGGCAGGGCCGACCUUGCUAAAAAAGUGGCGACUUAUAAGGGAGGGUCAGCAGUUGCAACACCUGCACAGCAUCCUCCUCGACAGGAAAGGUGUAGAGCUUUUUGUCCACCUCCGACUCCUAAUAGUUAUUGUCCUGUGCAGGAGACACGACGGGAGCAGCUGCGUCAUAUUGGCACAGGAAACAGACCAAUCCGUGUACACAGAGGGCAGAGCUGUCAGAGUGCAGUGGAUUGGUACAGUUUUAACAGUAAUCCCAGAGGAGUUUGUGUGAUCAUUGACUGUGUUGGUAAUGAUGGAGGCAUGUUGGAACAGACAUUCACAGCUCUUCAUUUCCACGUGACCCUCUACCAGUGGCUGAGUGUGGAUGACACUCUAGCAACUCUCAGAAGAAUCUCCAAACAAAGAGAGAACCUCAAAAGUGAUGGCUUCAUCUGUUGCAUCAUUAGCCGCGGCACAACAAGCCACCUCCUGGGUGUAGACUCGUACACCAUGGGUCUACAUCUGGACAGCAUCAGACGUCUUUUCGCUGCUGAUGCGUGUCCAAUGAUGGCUGGCAAGCCCAAACUGUUCUUCAUCCAGACCUACGGUGUCCCCCAGUACCAGCCCUCUGCCAGUCAACCCCAUCGAGAUGAGGAUAUGGAGACAGAUGGGUGUUAUGGGCAGUCAGAGUAUGAAUGCAUCCCAACAGACGCAGACGUGUUCUGGAGUCACUGCUGGACGGACGAACGUCAGCUGGAGCGAGGACAUCAUCACUCCGUCUACCUGAAGGCUCUGACAGACGCCUUACUCAAAGGACAAAGGAGGAAAACAAAGCUUGUUGAUAUUCAUACUGAAGUGAAUGGGGCUAUCUAUGAGCACAACAGAAGGAAUCCUGAAACAAACUACCACUUAGACCUGAAACUUACUCUCAGGAAAGACCUUUACUUACAAUGAAGAUGUUGUGAAGUCACAUCCAUAUCAGUCAGAUUGUGCAUGCCACCAGAAGCUUUUCACUUUGUAUACAGAGACACCUAGUAGACUUUAUUUAUUUGUAUUUUUUUUUUUUUUAUUAUUCUUUUUUUUUAUACAAAUUAUGGAGGAACAUUUCUUUUGCAUAUUUAUAUGGAAUUAGUAUUUCAUAUUUGAAAAUAUGAAUUCAGAAUAUUUUGUACAGUAAUUUGUAGUGGGUAAUAUUCAAAAUAAAACAGUAAUGAUAAAUUACAGACAACACAAACAGCUUACAAUGGAUACACGUGUUAAUAAAUGUUGGACACAUGAAAUAUUACCCAAGUUUGAUUUAAUCAGACCCAAGACAAGUAAUGAUAAAAAUUAUUUCUAACUUUUUUUGAAUAUGAAUAUUAGAGCAUAGUGCAGCUACCACCACAAAGUGUAGUAUUUUAACCUGUGAAGAAAUGUGAAAAGAAGUUGUGAUGAAGUAAACACUAUGUAAUGCAUAGGCGGAGUUUGACCUUUGUGCUGGGGGGGGCAAACAUUCUUUUUAACUGACAGUGCACAGUGCAACUAUUGUGACGUGAUACUGACAUGCAGCAAUAGACAAUCGUGCCAAGCUUGAGAUAAAGUCAAACAGCAAAUCACAUAGGUGUAAUCAGUUUCUGACGACUUUAAUUAACACAUAAGCUGGGUUCGAGUUAAAUAGCUGUGUUUAAUUUAACAUAUUAAACCAACAAUGUGGAUUAUAUUUUGGAUAUUGUAUUCGGAAAGUAGAGAGGACAAAGUGACGUCACAUGUAUUUAUUAAGAAGCAAAACACAAUAUUCUAAAAUACAAUUUCUUGCACUCACUUUAUCUCACCGUCCUGCUUAAAAUAUUUAAGCAGGGCAUAAUAUAAUAACAAACAUUUUUCUAUUUGACCUAUUUUUGAACUUAAUGUACAGUAGUUCUAUAUUUUAGCCCCAUGCCACCCCCAAACUCCACCUAUGACGUCUGUCUGGUUAUUUUGCAUUUGUACUUUAUUUAUUUUGUUUUUUAGGCUUGUCUUUUUUUGUCCCCUGUAAAAUGUGGCGUAUACUGUACAUACAGGUACUAUUAGUACUAAUUGGAAUUAAUUCUCAUGUUAUGAACAUUUCUUCUUCUUUCAGCUUCUCCCAUUAGGGGUUGCCACAGCGGAUCACCUGCCUCCAUCUUGCCCUGUCCCUUGUGUGUCUCCUCUUCUGUUACACCAACUGUCCUCAUGUCCUCCUUCACAACAUCUGUGAACCUUCUCUGUGGUCUUCCUCUUUUCCUCCUGCCCGGCAGCUCCAUCUUCAACAUCCUUUGUCCCGUAUAAUAAUCCCUGUUCUUCCUUUGCACGUAACUAAACCCUCUCAGUCUUGCCUCUCUUACAUGCUGGUCACUCCCAAUGAAAAUCUCAGCAUCUUCAGCUCUUCCACCUCCAGCUCCAGCCCCUGUCCCUUUUUUAUGAACAUAUAUUUGGCAGGCAUACAGACAGGUCCUGCAUUUAUUACCUCCAAAAAAAUAUAUACUUUUUUCCAUUGUAACACAUUGUAUAGUUGUUGUUUUUUUACUUGGCUUUUUCUAUGAUCUAAUAAAUAUUUAUUUGCCUCACUAAUAUUUAUAUUUGCUACAUGACAGUUAAGUUAAUGUAAAGUUAUUGAAAUGUGAUGACCAUGUUGACAAUGUAGUAAUUGGUUGCCACUAAACCCCCAACAGCCUCAAGUUAUGACUCUGACACAAACGCAACGAGGUGUUUUUCCACCUUGUUGCAUUCCUUGUUCAUAUCAUCGUAAACUGACGUGUGCAGUGUUUGUGUUUUAGACAGUGCACUUGAGGAAUAUACUGUUCAUUGGCAGCAAUGACAACACAACGAGGUGUUCACUGUGGAA